UAUGAUAACUAACGCGAUAACGGACUAGGGAAAUUUAUAUCGAUUUCAGUUGCAUUAGAUACUUCAUAUAUAACAGCCUUUAAUAUGCAUUAAUUCAGUAUGUGCAGUAUAGUAAGGGCGAUCAAAUUCGCUGUUAGCGUUUACGUUCGUUCGCAGAUGAUUGUCAAAUCUCAGACUGAAUGCAUGUCAUUUCUUAUAUCAUCUGUGUGAUGCAUAUGUCAUGCGUACAUAUCACAUUAAACGAUAUUAUAACCUUAUUCCACAAAUCGAUUCGAGUAAUCGUCAAUGGAAUACAAACACUGGGAUUCACAUUUAUUUAUAAAGUCCAGUUUUGUUAGAUAAAUUUUGGUCUUAACAAUUUCCAAUAAAAUUAAUCAAAAAUCUAGAUAGAGAACUAUCAUUUGAAUAAAUUCAAUCAAUAAAUUUUAACGUCAUAAUGAAGGUACCGAGUGUGAUAACACUGCAAAAUAUAGAGUUACAUAAAUUAAGACGGGAAAUGGAUGUUCAUCUACGAUUGAUUAUAUAUAGGAAUAAUAUGAUUUUCAACGAUAUCAUUGUCAGAUUAGAAGAAGUAUUUAAAUACGAUAUCGGUGAACGAUGCAAAGGACCUGCAGGGGAUAACGUUAAAAAUACAUAUAAAAAUGUAGCAAAGCCAGUUUGUCUAUGUACAAAGGGACUCAAUUCUUAUCUCGUCUCAGCUUACACUGUAACAUUGUCAAAAUCAUUUGUUUAUCGUAAAAGUGCUAUAAAAGUGUUGAAAACGUUUCUGUGGACUUGUGAUAACUUGGCAUUUGAUGAAGGAUAUUUACAGAUAAUAUUUAUAAGAUUGCGAAUGCCAAAAAAACAAUUUUUAGAUUACAAAUGGAACAAGAGAUUAAUGCAAAUGGUUUUGGAAAAGCAAGAAGCUGAUUGUGCUAUGUCUUGGUUGUCUACAUUGGGAGGAGCAUUUUCUGCAUUGGGGGAAGAAUUUGAACAUUGUGCUAAAAUGGCAGGAAAAAUUUCAGUGAGACAAUUUGAAUUAGCAUUGCGCCUUGAUAAUCCUCUCCUUGUUGCUCGUUGUAGAUUAUAUUCUGCUUUAAGCUUAAUUCAACGUGGUUGCUUCACUACUCCAAAAUACAUGAUACAGAGAAUUUACAAAUUUGCACUCAGAGAGAAGGAUGUGCGUCUGCAAAAUAUGUGUCUGGGUGUAUGGGCCAAAUUGCGACAUAAUUAUAAACAAUACAAACAAAAGAAAUCUGUAUCAUUUAAAACUUUGCAUAUACCCUCAAAAGUAUAGGAAAUUUGAACUUUGUAUAUAUGUUUUUAAAUGAUGUUAAUAUAUUAUUUUAAAAACACACAAUUCUAUAAUUUAUUGAACAGUUUCUUCUUAAUAAUAAAUAAAUAAAGAAAAUAAAUGUUAUA